AUGCCUGAUUCUCGCCCGGUCAAGCCUUUUGGCUUGACUCAGGUGUAUGUUCCCCGCGGUGACCCCACAGUUGAUAUCGUGUUGGUUCAUGGUCUCAACGGCCACCCUCACGAUUCAUGGACCAGCAAGUCCACUAAUUGCUUCUGGCCCGUUGACCUCCUACCCGAUGUGCUUGCCUCUCAACGACCUCGUAUCCUAACCUAUGGCUACAAUGCGAAUGUCACCGCAUUUACUGACGGCGCAUCGCGCGACUCGAUCGUCAGCCAUGCGGAGACUCUAGCAUCUAACCUGGCCGCGAAUAGAAAUCUCCGUGACUGCGCCGAUCGACCUAUCAUCUUUAUUUGCCACUCUCUCGGUGGGUUGGUUGUCAAACGAGCUUUGAUCUACUGCCGUAGCUUGUCGAACGAGCGAACAGAGCACCUCCGCUCCGUCUAUGUAUCAACCUUCGGUAUCCUCUUCCUCGGCACGCCGCAUAACGGAUCAGAUAUCGCGAAAUGGGGCUUAUUGUUGCACAACAUCUGUAGUGCCCUUCUCCCCAAGAAGGUUAUGGAAGGAUCCCCGCAAUUGGUCAAGGCACUGCGGACAAACAAUGAAACCUUGCAGCACAUCAAUAGUUUGUUUGCAGAUAUCAUAAGUCGCUUCCAUAUCUAUUUUUUCCACGAAACUCGUUCAACCGACGUCCGUGGAACAAGGGAGAUUAUCGUGGAUGAAACUUCUGCUGCCCCAUAUAUUGAAGGUGUUGAGAGAAUGGGUAUCGAGGCGGAUCACAGUCACAUGUGCAAGUUUGACGACGAGAACUCUGCUGGCUAUGAGGUUGUUGCUGAGGCUCUUCUUCGAUACUCCCGUCAAGCGCCUGCACUGAUUUCAGACCGUUGGGUUGCCGAGAGAACCACUCGCACCAUGGAAAUGAAGGCCAAAGCUCGCGAGAUCUACGACGUCAAGGAUGACCCUCUAGCUCAAAGCACCCCAAAUUUGAAUAACAUUGGUCACUCUGUACCGACCCUUCCUCGUGCGCCUGCUACUGAAGGCCGUAGCUCCCCAGUAUCUGAGAUGAGCAAUAGUGGCGUACUCACGUUCUCUCAUUACUCACAGCGAGAGCCACAGCCCUUUGUUGCCCCACCGGGCUUUCAUCCAAAUGCUACAUUUUUCGGCAUGCAAAAGGAACUAGAAAUCCUGCACAAUCGCUUGUUCAAGGCCAAGGCGCGUGCAGAUCGAACCAUGGCCGUUUUGAUUUCUGGAGUACCGGGAUCAGGAAAGACUCAUCUAGCACGGCAAUACGUUUUUGCUCAACGCGAGUGUUACCCAGGAGGGGUGUUCUGGAUUGAUGCCAAAUCUCGCGAGUCGGCAUACAAGUGUUUCUGGGAGAUCGCUCAAGCAGCCAGGCUGGUGGAUCGCAAGGAUGCCGAGGAUUCGGUCUAUCUCGAGGCUCGAUCAUACGUCAGCACCGUUCGAAACUGGCUCCAGACACGACAAGAGUGGAUUUUGAUAUAUGACGGAAUUACUUUUGAUCACGAUACCGAUAUUAAUGACUUUCGACCUUUCUUACCUUGGAAUAAGAAGUGUAGCAUCAUUUACACAUCGAUUGAUACUACACUUCGAAAAAAGCAACGCCUGUUUGAACCUUAUUGUUUGUCAAUGCCUCGACUCAGUGUGGAAGAUGCUUGUAAGCUUCUUUAUAAAGAUCUCGGGAUCAAAAAGCCGACACAGGAUCAGGCUCUCCGGGCGGUGGAAAUUGUUGAUCACUACGAGUGCUUGCCUCUGGCUAUUCAUGCUAUUGGCCAUCGUCUCAAUGCCACAGGCAAGCCGAUCGAAAGAUACCACGUUAAGCAUCAAGUGACGGACAAAAAACUGGCGGAGCCAUUCCUGAGCAUUAUGAAUGAUUUAUAUCGCCUGCAGCAGCGCCAGGCUUUGAAUCUCAUCAAUUUGCUAUCAUUUCUUGGACACCAAAUUCCUGUUGGCCUUCUCAACUUUGGAAAAAAUGCCAUGACUGCUGAAAAUGCUGAAAUCACAACAAGUGUUCAAGUCGGAGAGGACCCAGACCUUGAUAAUACACUGGGAACUUUGAUUCAUUAUGGUUUAAUUGAGAGAAUCUCGGAUUCCGACCCAUUUUUUGCACAGCAUAUUUCAACGCCAUCAGGAGACGAGAUUAAUGUCGACGUUAAACCUGUACCGGAACUGUCAGAGUCGUUAACCGAGAGCAGCCAAGAAGGCUUUUUCUCUAUAUACCGUGGCAAUUCUGCCGUUGAUGUUGUUAAGAUCCACAGUGUGGUGCAGGGGUUUUGUCGAGACGAGCUCAAAAUUAAGGAUGAAGAAUACAAAGAGACCAUGGGCCGAGACGACCCUGGGUUUUACGACUCGUGGCUAAUCGUUGCUACUCGCUUUUUGUGUAAAUCCUGGGAAGCCGCUAAGGAAAGAAUGACUCAUUCUUCUGACUGCGGACUUAUCCGGGAUUACCGCGAAUACGAGACACAUGCAUCGCGUUUGAUCGAACUCUUCCCCAAGAGGCACGGUAUUGGGGUGCACCCACCGAUUAUCCGCGAGGCAAGAGAAAGUCUGCGACGAUUGAUGAAGAGUCUUAGUAAUGAGAUCAAUCGGAGGUCACCAAGUUCUUCUCAGGAGUGUGCACGUAAUCAGAGAUCUGUCUUUGAUCGUUCUAGCAGCUCAUCUUCCUCAUUCCCUGAGUCCUCAGCGGACGAAGGUCUUUCACGCCAAUCAACUUGGGCUUUUACAGACUCGGGUUCACCUCGGGCUGAAUCUCCCGAGGAAAUCGCACCUCCUCGGUUUAAAUUAGAUUUAUUCCCGCCUCACAUUUUUAGACAGGCAGGCUAUGAGUCGGAAGAGGGCUAUGAAACCGAUGGAGAAGCGAAAGAAGCUCCUAGAAUUUCUCCAGCAUUGUCACAAAUGAGCCAGAUGACCGAGAAACCGAAGCGCUCGCCUUUAUCCUCUAGCCCUCCUGUGCAACCCGACGAUAGUAAUGCAUGGAGGCUAGUUGAGCGGCACACAAAAUCACGUUCACCAAGAGAAAAACAGCAAAGACGACGUACUAGAGGGUCCUCUCGCCGAUUUCGGGGAAAUAAACCAGCCACCCCGUUGGUCAAGAUCUCACCUGUCCAUGGACGAGGGUCAUCAAGUCGCAAAUCCGUAGACGAGGGAGGCAGCUCCGUGAUACUAGCCUCCGCCGCUGAGCGAGCACUUGCAGCUGUUCGGAAAUCUGACAGAACGCAGGCAGUAGGUGAAAACCUCAAGCCGAGCACGAGCCCUCCAUUUCAGGACCAUGAAAACGACCAUACUUAUGCGAGCGUGAUUGCUCAUCAUAUCCUCGAUGCCGAGCCAAAGCGCCCAGCCUCCAUGCCUUCGCGACGUGGAGUAGAAUUGAUAGGGCCACGGAUGAAAGCAUCUGCAGAAUCUCUUGAUGGAUAUGGAAGCCAAUUAUUUGCCUCGCCACUCUCGCAUGAGUUGGCACAACAUGAAAUCAUCGCAGAGGCUAUGACUCGAUCAACAUAUAGCGAUCCUGGGCGAGAUUUUCUCAAUCAACCAUUGCGCGAGCUGGAUUUGCGUACUGCACCAAAUUCUCAAAUCAACUCUCGACGCGCCUCACUUGCCACAUUUGAGCCUAUACGCGAUAUGUCUGCUAGUACUCCUUCACUUCUUCCUUAUGGCCCACUACUCCCUUAUGAUGAAGACAUUACUGUCACAAGGUCGAAUCAUUCGAGAAUGGCGCAAAGCGUUUCCGGUUCUACUUUUAUUCCUUCCGGUCCUCAACCUGUGCCAAUAGUUUCUCAUCCUUCCGCGAUAAUGCCUGGUGCAUUGCCUCUUUCCCUGCCUUCGGAUGCUCCGAUAUCCCAAUUUACAGAGCGACCAGGACCUGAUGCGCUUUCUCGUGCAUCUUCUGGAAUUUCAACCCAAUCAUGGGCAACCGAGCCUGUCCGUUACCCGCCACGCUUCUCUCCUUUCCAGAGUUUUCAAGGACCGGUCGAUAUAUCGAGGUCCCCCACACCAAUGCUCCAACCGCAGCAUACAAUUACUGGACGAGCAAGUUGGAAUGGUGAGUUCCCCGUAAUAAACAGUGCCCUUCAGUCUGAUUUGCUCUAUCCUGCUCUGGUUCCGCAUACUAUGCCUAAUCACCACAGGGUAGGCUCAGUAGACGAACGACUGCAAGCAGUCAAGCCGGCAUGGGAUUCUGAGAUGGAGCCUGCACAGUUACUCAAUUUCGGUUCUCAUCGCGUUGACGUGCGAGAGGCUCGUCAACGAUUGUCGGAGUCUGGUCGGCUGCAGAUACCGAGACAUGUUCCCACUUACCAGCUGUAUCAUCCUAACCUAUCUGGACCUUUGAUUCAAGAUGGGGGACAUGUCUAUACUCCUGCCCCUCCACUCGAGGUAUAUGGAACACGCGCACGCAGUGGUAGUACCCCGCAACGUCCUAAUCACUACGAUGGACUGGGUGUACGAUUUCAAUGA